UGGAAAAGAAAGAAAUAAAAAUUGGAAACCUGAUGGAGAGGCAAUUUAGACAUUUAUGCUCUGGUUGCUGCACGUCACCUGCUAUUCCGAUCUCCCGCUUACAAAGAUAAAUUAAACGGGUUAUUCCUUGACUGGUUUGGAUUAACUAGUAAAUACAAUAAUUCAAUUUUAGAGUUUUGGGCGAUGGAGUGUGGUAUUACGGUGAUGUUUGUCCUUCGUCCCGUAGUUGCAGUGGCGUUGGUUAUCUCUCUCAUCAUCUUAGGAUGGGUUGGCGCGUGGAAGUUAGUCCUGGUACAUGUUCCCCUUGUGCAGGAGCUCACAAAGACAAAGGGGAAGAGCACAAAGAAAGCUCCACAACCACAGCCACUGCCACUGCCCCGCCUUUCGCGCUUUCUCCUCCGCUCUCAUACGCGAGGCCCUGUUCAUUUUCCAAGAGAAGCUGAAGGUUAAACUGCCUCCUGCAGAAUUUUCUGACCAAUCUGUGGAUAUCAUACUGGUUGGUUAUUGGAGAUUUUGCUGUGAUGUAAUCGAGAAUUCGUGGGUUUGAUGGUAUCUUGAGUUUCAAAGUGGUUUGCAUGGAAGGUGAAGUUAAUUCUGCAACUUCAAACAAAGUUGUUGAGGCUUGUGCCGCUGUUGUCUCAAGUACAUUCAAUUUAGUAGUUGAUUUUAUGAAUGACUCCUUCAUAUUAAUAAUGUUGCCUUUUGGAACAACAUUAUUGAACCAAAAUGAUUGAGAACUUUGGUGCUCAUGAAUAUCCAGUGUAUUGAUAUUUAUUGUGAAAAACCAAGAUAGUGGAAAUGACUUCCUAGAAUGUCAUGUACAAUAGAUGUGGACAAGUGAAAUUGAGAUUAGCUUUUCUUUGUGUUUU